GUCAUAUAUGUGCCGCACAACCAUGUACUCGGCGUGUUGAACCCCACUCUCCUUAAGCGCCAUCAAAACUUGACGCGACACUCAGAGCGCCCAAAUGCUUGGCCGCGUCCUACGCGGCGCCCUUGCGGGCACGUCGCAAAGCAUAGCGCUAUGCGAACAGCUACUACCCGCUAGGUACUUGUCGAUGAGCGCGACUGGCAGCUCGUGUGCGCUCCCAACCGGCAUAGAGACUAGCGGAGGUUUGCCUUUACAAGAAAAUUCGGGUGAUCUGGCUGCUGCCAGCAGCGCAGAGGCAUCGGAUGCGUGCCGGGCUGCAAGCCAUGGGCUGGCCAGCACGUCCCUCCGCUGCUUGGCAACACGCGAAAACCACAGCUUUCCCGACGGCUGGGGCACACUCUGCAGCCAGGGCCUGGCCGCCAGCGGGUUGCAGCUGCAGCAGCGGAGAGGCUACGGCUACCAGCCGCCCAAGCCCCGGUUCCCUCUUCCGGACAGCAUUGCUUCCAUCGUUGAGGAGAAGACGCGGGAGCAUCGGCGAAGCGCCCCGGCGCCGCCCCCCGCCCCCAAGCUGGAGCCGCGGCCCAUGACCCCCACGUCGCUGCGCACGGGGUGCAUAGCCACCAAGGCGGGCAUGACGCAGGAGUGGGACGAGCACGGCGUGCGCGUGCCGCUGACGGUGCUGUGGGUUGACGAGUGCCAGGUGGUGGGUCUGAAGACGCGGCCGGUGCACGGCUACAACGCGUUGAUGCUGGGCAGCGGCUACAAGCGGCAGAAGUGCAUGUCGCCCUCGGAGGCGGGCUUCUUCCUCAAGGCUGGCGUGCCUUUCAAGAAGCUGGUUGCGGAGUGGCAGGUCAGCGAGGACGCCCUGGUGCCGGUGGGCACGGCCAUUGGCGCGGCGCACUACGUGGCGGGGCAGCGCGUGGACGUGACGGGCUGGACCAAGUGGAAGGGGUUCCAGGGUGUGAUGCGGCGCUGGGGCUUCAAGGGCCUGCCCGCCUCGCACGGUGUGUCGCUGUCGCACCGCGCGCCGGGCUCCAUCGGCAACCGGCAGGACCCGGGCAAGAUCUGGAAGGGCAAGAAGCUGCCCGGCUGCAUGGGCGACGAGCGCCGCACCGUGCACAACUGCCUGGUCUACAAGGUGGACGCCGCUCGCAACCUUGUGUACCUGCGCGGCCAGGUGCCGGGGCCCGUGGGCCGAUCCGUGUUCCUACGCGACAGCCGCCUGGCCUCGCCCGCCCUGCGUGCCAGCUGGGGCCUGCCCUUCCCCACGCACGUGCCCUCUGCUGAGGAGCUCAAGGCCGCGCCCGCGCCCGGCGACGUGAGUGUGGUGCCCGCGCCCGACGGCCCCGGCGUGACGGCGUGGCGCAACCCCACGGACCCGUACCUCAUGUACCGCGAGGAGACGGACUACAUGCCCGUCAAGUGGAAGAAGGGCGAGUGAGGGGCGAGCGGGGGUAGGGGAUGAGGGGGCGUGGUGGGUGGUGGACUGGUGGUUGGGCUGGCGCCGUGCAGGAUGGUCAGGACGGGUGGCGAUGUGGAGGCGGAUCCGCGUUGGAGUAUAGGCGAGGAGGUUGUCAGGGUGAGGAGCAUCAUGGCCUCCAGUGUAGGACUUGCGUGGCCUACAGGGUAGGAUGUGCUGGUGGCGAGAAGUGGCCUCCUAGGGGCGUAACUGGCGAUUGGGAUGGGGCUGCCCUGGCCGGCAGUGCACGCACGGUCAGGCUCGCGCUGGCUUGCUUGAAUUAAAUGCGAUAUAGGAGGACGUGGUGUAAGGUGCAUCGUGUGGCAUAUGGCCGGCCAAGGAUUCGGGGGUGCGGAGAGGCGGCGCUGUGGGACUUGGCAUGGGCGGCCAACCACCGUACGACAGCCUGGUGGGCACUGUUCGCUCCGCCAUUUGCAUUCUUUGCAGCCCGCCACUCCCU